AUGGAGCGACUCGAGAGAGCGUCAACCGAGAAUGCCGGCCAGCCUUUCUCUACAGUGAAAAGCCACAGCGUUGCGGCCGCGGCACCACUGUCCGACGACACUGACCUCGUUGACUUCAUGGGCGAUAACGACCCCCAUCAUCCGUAUAAUUGGACGCGGAGAAGAAAGAUGCUGACCAGCGCCGUCCUGGCAGUCUCGACAUUCAUCGUCGCGCUCAGCUCGGCCCUGUUCUCCGCCGCCGUUGGCCCGUUUGCCGCCCACUUUGGCGUGUCGCACGAGGUCGGGACGCUGGGCGUGUCGCUCUACGUGCUCGGCUUCGCGACCGGCCCGAUCUUCUGGGCGCCCUUCUCUGAGAUCAAGGGCCGGUGGUCUCCCAUCGUCCUCGGCAUGGCGGGCUUCUCCAUCUUCGGGCUGGGCGUCGCCUCGGGCAAGGACGUCCAGACGGUGCUGAUCUGCCGCUUCUGGUGCGGCAUCUUCGGGGCCUCUCCCAUGACCGUCGUGGCCGGCGUCUUCGCCGACAUGUUCGACGGCCGGUCCAGAGGCGCGGCCACCACGGUCUUCUCCAUGACCAUCUUGAUGGGCCCGACCAUGGCGCCCUUUGUCGGCGGCUUCAUUGUCGAGUCCUCGCUCGGUUGGAGGUGGGUCGGCUGGAUCUCCAGUAUCGCGGGCUUCACGAGUCUGCUGCUCGACUGCAUUCUGCUUGAGGAGACCUUCGGGCCCUGCAUCCUCCAACGGAGAGCCGCCCGGCUACGGAUCGAGACGGGCAACUGGGCUCUUCACUCCGCCCACGAUUGCGUCCAGUUAGAUGUUCGGACGUUCUUGUCCGAGUACCUCUUGCGGCCCUUCCGACUCCUCUUCACCGAGCCGCUGGUCUUUCUCAUCUCGCUGUAUCUUGCGUUCGUGUACGGUCUCGUCUACCUCUUCCUCACCGCCUACCCGAUGGUGUUCCAGGGGGUCCACGGCAUGAGCCCGGGCGUUGGCGGACUGGGAUACCUCGGCAUGGUGGUCGGCAUCAUCGUGGGCGGCCUGUAUCUCAUUGUCAUUGUACAGCCCAGCUACCGACGCAAGCUCGCAGCCAACAACAACAUCGCCCUGCCUGAGUGGCGUCUGCAGCCGGCCAUCGCCGGGGCCGUCUCUUUCGCCGUGGGCAUUCUCUGGUUCGGAUGGACGGGCUACCGAGAGGACAUCCACUGGAUCUUGCCCGCGCUCUCUGGGAUCCUGACGGGUCUGGGCAUCAUCGUCAUCUUCCAACAGCUCGGAAACUACCUCAUCGACGUAUAUCUGCCCGUGGCGGCCUCCGUCUUCGCCGGGAGCGCCGUCAUCCGCUCGCUCUGCGGUGCUGGCUUUCCGCUCUUCGCCAAGGCCAUGUUUCAGAGUUUGGGCAUCAACUACGCCUCGACGGUGCUGGGUGGAGUGGCGGUUCUGGGCAUUCCCAUCCCGGUGGCCUUCUACUUGCGCGGGGCGGCAUUGCGGUCAAAGACACAGAUGAAGACGUGCCUGAGUGAUGCCUCGGAGGAGCUCUAG